GAUGCGCGGCGGGGGCGGCCCCAGGUGAGCCCCCGGGGCGGGGGGGGGGGAACGGGGCGGCGGGGCCGGCGGUGGCCCGCAGUCAGCCCUCUGUCCCCGCCGCAGCCGCCCCUCUCCGAUGUCCCAGGCCAGCAGCCACCGGCCGAGCCGCCCGGAGCCCCGCCGAGCCGAGCCGGCCCCGCCGCCAGAGGCGGGUGAGACCUCGCGCCCUUCGCCCAGGCAGACGCCAGCGGCCCCCCCGGCAGAGCCCCGGCCGGCCCCUCGCCCCGCUGCCGGCCCUGCGGCGCCGAAGAAGGAGAAACCCCUGGAAGAUGAUGAGUCCCAAAAAGUCCUGACGAAGGGCCCCCGUCCCGAGCUCGCAGGUGCUCCCGAAGCUGUGACAUGCCAGCCCCAGGUGCGAGCAGCCCCGCAGUCCCCCAGCCCCUGCACCCACCUGCUGCAGAACGGCGCCGGGCGGGGGCCCGAUCCAGGCGGUGCCAACGGGGAGGCGGGGAACGGGGUCUUCCGCCCCCUCCCCAGCACCCAGAAGCCUCACCGAAAGCUGCAGUCGCACCACUCCAUCAACAGCCAGAGCAGCAAGAAGAGCAAGGGCAGCUCCAAGUCGGCCUCUUCCCACAUCCCUAUUGAGGCGCAAGAAGACUGCUGCGUCCACUGCAUCCUCUCCUGCCUCUUCUGCGAGUUCCUGACCCUCUGCAACAUCGUGCUGGACUGUGCCACCUGCGGCUCCUGCACCUCCGAGGACUCCUGCAUCUGCUGCUGCUGCUGCAACUCGGGCGAGUGCGCGGACUGCGACCUGCCCUGCGACAUGGACUGCGGCAUCAUCGACGCUUGCUGCGAGUCGGCCGACUGCCUGGAGAUCUGCAUGGAGUGCUGCGGGCUCUGCUUCUCCUCCUGAGGGGCCGCACUCGGCGGGGGGAGACCAGGAGCGGGUCCCCCCCCAGGCUCUCCAGCAGCAUCCGAGGGUCCGGCUGGUCCCUGAGCUGGUGUGAAACGCCGAAAGACGGAGCCUGGAGAAGGAGGAGAGCGAUAUCCCCCCGUUGCGAACUCAUCCUCGGAGCCGGUGAGCCGGGCUCGGAUCCUGCCUGGGGAAGGGUGAAUCCGUAGGGCUGCAGGGGCUCCGGGGACGGCCGGCAUCCCGGCACGCUCUACCUCUUCCCCGCACGGGACCGGUUCGCCGAGGAUCGCGGGAGUCUCCUGCCACCUGAGCCGAGAGCAGGAGCGACCGCGUCCCACAGAGCCCGCGGGUGCCACCCUGGGGUCCCUGCGUGGGGGACAGCUGCUGCCACCACUGGGGCCACCCCAGGACAGUGCUGUGGUUUACACAGGGGUGGCACGGAGCAUCCUUCCCCCGCUCCGGGACACUUCCAAGGCUGGGCGCAGUACGGAGCCUUGCUCCCCACCGGGCGCCGGGAGAUGCCGAAGCCUUUGGCCAGGCUGCGGGGUCCUGAGCCGUGGGACGUAUCCUGGCAGCCCCUUCCCUUCCUGGGUGCUGAGCUCGGCAGCCAAGUGCAAUACACGCAGCCUGCUCCCCACCCCGGUUCAACAGCCAGGAAGAAGCUUUUUCUUCACCGGUCCCUGCAGCAGGGUGGCAGCCGGGGGCCGGGGCAGCUGGGGAGAGCCUGGAGCCGUAUCAAGCUGUUACCGACCCCACGUGUGUCCGGGGGGGGGCCGUGGGGCAUGGACGCUUGGUUGGUGCCAAAUGACCCCCAGCAGUUGUUGGCCCCAUCCCGUCACCCCAGGGACAGGGCUCGUGGCGGGGUGAGGGUGGCAAACGCCCCAUUGAAGGGCUGGGGAGACGGGGAGG